CGUGUGAAACGUAUCCGCUCGGAGACAUGGCUGAAACCGCUCCAGCUGCCGCCGCUCCUCCGGCUAAAGCUCCCAAGAAGAAAUCGGCGUCUAAACCCAAGAAAACGGGCCCGAACGUCAGGGACCUCAUCGUCAAGACUGUGACCGCCUCCAAGGAGAGAAGCGGCGUGUCCCUCGCCGCCCUGAAGAAGGCUCUUUCUGCGGGUGGUUACGAUGUGGAGAAAAACAACUCCCGCGUCAAGAUCGCCGUCAAGAGUUUGGUGACCAACGGCACCCUGGUCCAGACCAAAGGCACUGGCGCCUCCGGUUCCUUCAAGCUCAACAAGAAGCAAGCCGAAACCAAGAAGAAACCUGCCAAGAAAACCCCCGCGAAAGCAAAGAAGCCUGCUGCCAAGAAACCCGCCGCCAAGAAAUCCCCCAAGAAGGUGAAGAAACCGGCAGCCACCGCAGCAAAGAAGGCGACAAAGAGCCCCAAGAAGGCCAAGAAACCUGCAGCUGCUAAGAAGCCAGCUAAGAGCCCCAAAAAGGCGAAGCCAGCAGCCGCUAAGAAAGCAGCCAAGAGCCCCAAGAAGGUCAAGGCAGCCAAACCCAAGACGGUGAAGCCUAAAGCAGCCAAGCCUAAAAAGGCGGCACCCAAAAAGAAAUAAAUAUCACUGAGUUUGUUUCUUCUUAAAACAAAACGGCUCUUUUAAGAGCCACCCACUUGUUACGAUUAAAGAGCAAUAUUUUAAUUUAAUUUAAUGAUUAUUGAGGUUUUAAUGAGAGUGUGUAAACUCAGGGAGUUUGUAUGCUUUUAUGUCAGUAAAAUACAAUCUACAAUACAUUAUAUUAUUUACUGCGUUUAAAACAUUUGUUCAUGAUUAAAAUUUAUUCACACUAGUAUCUUAAUGAUAUUUGAAACAUUGAUUAGACGGAUGUAGCUGAAUCAUCGGAUGCUAGGCUUGGUAUGAAAAUAAUACCAGAGGCUAAUCUACUUUGAAAAAAAAAAGUUUUUCCAGUGUUUAUGUGGACAUUUAUUUCAA